AUGAAGCUGGGACUCGGAUCAAAAGUACCUUUAUUGCGGUCAUCCCAACAUACAUCAAUAUUGAGGCACCCUCAGAAGCAGCCACCGUUUCUCAGAAACUAUGUAUCCCCUGCACACAAAAUUUCCUUGACUUUCAAAGAGGCUCAGCAGGAUUUCCACUUGCGAAAUUCCCAGUCACCGAAGCAUCCAUCAACUAUACUCUUUACAAGCCCCGGCCGUGUAGGAGUUCAAUGGAAGCAUAAUGCUUUCAAUACCUACCAAACUCGAUCAAUUUCUGGCUUUGGCUUUCCAGGGGGUCCAAAGUAUCGACGCUUUGGCCAGGAGUCGUCCUCAUACGGCAGCACCGGGCACAACGUAAAGAAUCUGUUAUCCAACCCCACUUAUCGGUACAGCUUGGGUAUCGUGGCCACGUUAAUGGUGCUUUUCUACGUAUUGAAUCUUGAAGAAGUACCCGUAUCUGGGAGAAGACGUUUCAAUGUGUUCUCGUCUGAGACUGAAGAGGAGCUCGGGAGGCAACAAUAUCAACAAAUUAUGCAGCAAUAUCAGCAACAAAUCCUGCCAGCCUGGAAUCCACAUACGCGUAUGGUGAGACGUGUGAUGGAGAGAUUGAUUCCUGCCACUGGCUUGCAGAGUGCAAAUUGGGAGGUUCAUGUCAUUGAUGACCCCAAUCAGAUAAACGCCUUUGUCAUUCCCGGUGGCAAGGUUUUUGUUUUCAGUGGACUUCUUCCCGUUUGUCAAGAUGAUGAUGGCCUGGCUACAGUGCUGGGUCACGAAAUUGCUCACAAUAUGGCACAUCACAUGGCAGAACGUAUGAGCCAGAGCAUUUGGAUGAUGGUGUUUAUGACUCUAUUUACGUUCUUGUUUCAAACUCCGGAUUUCGCGAGUAGAAUUUUGUUGGACUUGGUCUAUGAGAAGCCCGGCUCACGAGCCCAAGAGACUGAAGCCGACUACAUCGGUCUAAUGUUGAUGGCCCAGAGCUGUUACAAUCCCGAUGCCGCUGUUGGACUUUGGCAACGUAUGCAAAAGGCAGAGAAGUAUGCUCCGCCGCAGUUUCUCUCAACACAUCCCUCGAGUCAUAACCGUGUAGGGAACAUCCGUGAAUGGUUACCAGAAGCUGAGCAAAAGGCUUCUGCAUCAGACUGUUCGAGCACCUUGGGAUACGCGGAAGAUUUCAAGCGAGCCUUCAACCAGGUGGUUUGGUAA